GUCGCAGACUACAACUCCCAGAAUGCUCGGGGCGCUGAACGAGUUUGCGUCACGACGUACGCCGCCGCCAUUACUUGGUGUGUGUGAGCGCGGUGGCCGGAUCCCGGGUCUGAUACCGAGACCGUGCGCUCGCCGUUGGGUAGCGAGGCUCAACAAUGGCUUCUGUAAUUUCGAAUGUGGAUUCUAAAGCAGAACUCACUUCAUUACUGGAACAGUGGGAGCGGGAGAAUAGCAACGGGCAGAAUGUUAUUCCUGUGCUGACCAAGAUUUCAGACCUCAUUGAGAAGGAGACUGAGGAAUACCAUAAGGCUGACCCUGAUCCCUUUGAUGAUAGGCACCCAGGUCGUGCGGAUCCAGAAUGUAGGUUGGGACAUCUGUUAAAAAUUCUCUUUAAAAAUGAUGACUUUAUGAAUUCGCUGGUGAAUACUUAUGUGAUGACUAGUAGAGACCCUGUAGUCAACACUUCAGCAUGUAGACUUCUGUUGGACAUCAUGCCUGGAUUGGAAACUGCUGUCGUCUUUCAGGAGAAGGAGGGGAUUGUAGAAAAUUUAUUCAAGUGGGCAAAAGAAUCCGAUCAGCCAUUGAGAACCUAUGCUACGGGUCUCCUUGCUGGAGCCAUGGAAAACCAAGACAUUGCAGCCAACUACCGGGAGGAAAAUUCGCAGAUGGUACCAGUGAUGCUGCAGCGCUUACGAGACUUGCAAAUACAAGAACUGGAGAACAACCAGAAGACAAAAUGGCAAAGCCCACGGAGGCCACAUUUCACAGCUUUGCUUCCAAUGGACGAGGAAGCAGUGGACAUGGACUAUGGUGACACCUUGAAAGCUCAGGAUGGGGAGGACUGUGCCAACAAUCUUUCCUUCCAAUUAAAUUCUUCACACAAAACCAGCAGUAGGAUUAACUCCUCCAUCAAGACUGCAGAGAAUGAGGAAGGAAUGAAGGGCAAGGAUGGGCGAAGGACUGAGAGAGAGGAUGUAAAUAAAGCAGCCAAACAAAGACUCAGUUUUACAAACUUGGACCCUGAACGAAUAUGUAAUGAGCAGUCAAAUAGCUGGUCAGAAAUGUCACCGUGGGUAAUUGGCACUAAUUAUAGCCUUUACCCUUUGACACCUGCCAUUGAGCAAAGAUUAAUUUUACAGUAUUUAACACCUCUGGGGGAAUAUCAGGAGUUGUUGGCUGUGUUUAUGCAACUCGGUGCUCGUGAGCUGCUCAUGUACUACAUCGACUUGAAGCAAACUAAUGAUGUUCAACUCACCUUUGAAGCACUUAAGUACCUGGCUUCUUUGUUGUUACACAAGAAGUUUGCUGCAGAAUUUGUGGCUCAUGAAGGAGUUCAAAAGUUGCUGGAGAUCCCCAGGCCCUCCAUGGCUGCCACUGGUGUUUCCCUGUGUUUAUAUUAUCUAGCUUACAACCAGGAUGCAAUGGAACGGGUGUGCCUGCUCCCGCACUCCGUGUUGUCUGAUGUCGUCAGUUACACCCUGUGGCUGCUGGAGUGCUCUCAUGAGUCAGGCCGCUGUCAUGCCACUAUGUUCUUCUCCAUCUCGUUCGCUUUCCGCUCCAUACUGGAGCUUUUUGACAAACAGGAUGGUCUUCGGCGGGUGGUUAAUUUGAUCAGCACACUGGAAAUCUUAAACCUGGAAGAUCAGGGUGCUCUGCUAAGUGAUGAUGAGAUCUUUGCCAGCCGCCAGACUGCCAAGCACACAUGUAUGGCACUACGGAGGUACUUCGAGUCACAUUUGGGAAUUAAGCUGGAGCAUGUGAAAAGAUCCUUGCAACGAACUGAAGGAGGCGCUAUUGUUCACCCACACCCACCAUGCAAGGCCUGUUCCUACACCCAUGACCAAGUCAUGGAGAUGAUGGAGUUUCUGAUUGAAUAUGGUCCAGCAAGACUCUUCUGGGAGCCAGCUGAAGUCUUUCAUAAGCUCUCCUGCGUACAGCUUCUGUUGCAGCUCAUAUCCAUUGCUUGUGAAUGGAGGACUUACUAUGGCAGGAGUGACACUGUUCGUUCUGCUUUAGAUGUACUGGCUGUCCUCACUGUGGUUUCCAAAACUCAGCUUCUGCUAGCAGAACCUGUAGGUGUGAUGGAUGAAGGGUCAACUCCUGUAACUGCUGUGGGGAUGAGCAUUAUUCUGGGAGUUGCUGAGGGGGAUAUCUUUUCGAAUGAUGCUGAGACACAAAAGUCUGCGCUUCAAGUUAUCAUCAACUGUGUCUGCGGGCCUGAUAAGCGCAUCUCCAGCAUCGGCAAGUUUAACUCCGGGACUCCUCGGCGCAAGAGCCUCCAGAACCCCAAGAGCUCAGAGAGUGUGUUGACCAAGAUGUGGAACAUGGUUCAGGCCAACAACGGCAUCAAGGUGCUGCUGUCCCUGCUGACCGUGAAGACGCCCAUCACUGACGCGGAUCAGAUCCGCAGCUUGGCCUGCAAGGCUCUGGUGGGCUUGUCGCGCAGCAGCUCUGUGAGGCAGAUCAUCAGCAAGCUGCCUCUAUUCAGCAGUGGCCAGAUCCAACAACUGAUGCGAGAGCCCGUGCUCCAGGACAAGCGGCACGAGCACGUCAAGUUCUGCAAGUACGCCUCGGAGCUGAUUGAGCGCGUCUCGGGGAAGCCGCUGUCCAUUGGCUCAGACGUCUCGCUGGCCCGGCUGCAGAAGGCCGAUGUCGUGGCGCAGACGCGGAUCACCUUCUCUGAGAAAGAGCUGCUGCUGCUCAUUCGCAACCACCUGGUGUCCCAUGGGCUGCAUGACACUGCCUCAGCGCUCACCAAGGAGGCUGACCUUCCAAGGACACCAGCCAUCCAGGCUGCACCGCCUCACUCUUCAGCCUUCACGCCGGUUGCCACUGGUAGCUCCCCGGUCACCUUGCCCCGGACUCCAAGACUGGCCAAUGGUAUUGCCUCUCGGGCCAUCAGUCUGAAUACGUUUUCGACGCCCUGCCAAUCAAAGGCGGCGGCUUCUCAAGGGACCCCCUCCACACCUGGGCUUUCCUGCCCCAAUGGCUCGCCGAUAAUUGGCAAGAUAAGCUUCUGCAAGGAGAAGCCAUCUCCCUGCAACAACACCACCCUGAAGAAGCAGAGACUAAUUCGUCAGAAGUCAGAUUAUGGGGCUUACAACCAGACACCGGCUAUCAAAAAGCAGCUGGACCGCCACUUACCGUCGCCACCAUCUUUGGAUAGCAUCAUAACGGAGUACCUGCGGGAGCAACAUGCCCGCUGCAAGAAUCCUGUUGUUACCUGUCCCCCCUUUUCCCUCUUCACCCCUCACCAGUGCCCAGAGCCAAAACAGAGACGGCAGGCACCAUUGAACUUCACCUCCCGAGUGACACACAGAGCUGCCUUUCCAAAGUAUGGUGGAGUGGAUGGGGGUUGCUUUGAUCGACAUCUUAUUUUCAGCAGGUUUCGACCCAUUUCUGUGUUCAGGGAAUCUGACGAGGAAGGCAGUGGUUUUACGUGUUGUGCAUUUUCUGCCCGAGAGCGCUUCUUGAUGCUGGGGACUUGUACUGGAGAACUCAAACUCUAUAACUUGUUCAGCGGUCAAGAGGAAGCCACGUAUGCCUGCCAUAAUUCUGCCAUUACACACCUAGAACCGUCCAAGGAUGGGUCCUUGUUACUGACUUCAGCAAGCUGGGGCCAACCCCUCUCUGCCCUCUGGGGAAUGAAGUCUGUCUUCGAUAUGAAGCACUCUUUCACAGAUGAUCACUAUGUGGAGUUCAGUAAACUCUCUCAGGACCGAGUCAUUGGAACAAAGGAAGAAGUGGCUCAUAUCUACGAUAUCCAAACUGGACAGAACAUUCUCACUCUCUACAAUCCAGAUCUAGCCAACAACUACAAGCGGAACUGUGCAACCUUUAAUCCCACGGAUGACUUGGUGUUAAAUGAUGGAGUGUUGUGGGAUGUGCGUUCAACACAGGCGAUUCACAAGUUUGAUAAAUUCAACAUGAACAUUAGCGGAGUAUUCCAUCCGAAUGGGCUAGAAGUCAUAAUCAAUACAGAGAUUUGGGACCUACGGACGUUCCACCUCCUGCAUAUGGUACCUGCAUUAGAUCAAUGUCGUAUUGUCUUCAACAACACAGGCACAGUCAUCUAUGGAGCUAUGCUGCAGGCUGAUGAUGAAGAUGAUUUGUUAGAAGUGCGUAUGAAAAGUCCCUUUGGAUCGUCCUUCAGGACCUUUGAUGCUACUGAUUACAAACCAAUAGCAACGCUUGACGUGAAGAGGAAUAUUUUCGAUCUGUGUACAGACACGAAGGACUGCUAUCUGGCUGUGAUUGAGAAUCAAGGCAGCAGCAUGGAUGCCCUGUCAAUGGACACUAUCUGCAGGCUGUAUGAGGUGGGCCGUCAACGGUUGGCUGAGGAAGAAGAUGAAGAGGAAGAUCAGGAGGAAGAAGAGGAGGAGGAGGAUGAUGAUGAUGACGAUGACGACGACUCCGAAGAUGACCUGGAUGACUUGGAUACUGACCCACUGCUGGAAGGCGAGGAUGAAAACAAUGGGAGCGAGGCGAAUGCAGCCGAGGACGGCGAGCAGGACUUCACUCCAUCCGACGAGGAGGAGCUGGAGGCCCUGCUGGGUAACGGCGAAGAGGAUGCCGAGGAGGAGGAGGACGAUGAUGAUGAGUGGGAGGAUGAAGAUACGGACAUUCUUGGAGAUUCAGAUAGCACGGAUAACUCUGACCUGGAAGAUGAUGUCAUCCUGUCCCUGAAUGAAUGAAUGUUCCAUGUGAAUUGGUGGACCCAGCAAGAGUCAAGGUCCAGGUGUAAAGCACGUCCCUCACUAGGGAAAGCAGAGCAAAGCAAGCGUAAUGAACGUUUUACUUCAGGUUCCGUGAGUUCAGCCCUGAAAUAUUCGCACAUGCGGAGAGGGAAAAAACUAAAACAAAACUAAUCAUCAAAGUAGUGGUAAUUUUCCCGUCAAGUUGUGUGAAACUGCAGAGACUAUUCAGCUCCCGCAGGCUGUGAGCUGUGGAAUAAUCUUGCCUCGGAGGUAGAGAGGUUGUGCAUAAUAUGGCCAUCACAGCUUCAGGAGAUGGAGGCACAGUGCAUUUAAAACAGAGAACUGUUUUUUAAAUGGAUUUUCUAGGGGAUAUUUGUUUAUAUGUGUGUGUGGGCGCGCGUGUGUGUGAGUGUGUGUAAAUAUAUAUAUAAAAAAGAGCCAUAUAUUGAGGGUGGUCAUAACAAAGAGAUGGGCUGUAAUUUUCCAUUUGUAAUGUCACAGAGUAAAGCUUUCAAACCGAGCUCAAUGCCCUGCUCACUGCAUCCUGCUAAUGCUCGUGUUUUAACAUUACUGCCUGUGUUUUAACAUUAAGGGCCCUCUCAAUCAGUGUUACAGAAAAUAGUUUGUGCUUUCGUUGCCAUGGUCUCUUGGGUGUAAUAAGUGUUGGUAAAUUAGUCGGGAUCCUGAGAGAGACAAGAUGAACAGAUGUGCCAAUAAAUGAUCAGUUUUAAUUGAAAUUCCAUGUGACUAAUGUGAAUAGCAGUUUUGGCCCAGUGUUUCCCUCGCAUCUGGCACACCUCACCCACAUCCAACCUGCAUUGACAAUCAAGGUACACAUUGAGGAGUGUCAGCAAUCCUUUGUUCUUUUUGUUUUAACUUGUCUCCCACCAUCUAUCCAGCACCAACCCAAACACCUUUCAAUAGAGCCAGGAGAGAAAGGAGAAAGCGAGCUACCAAGACACCUCAUCACAACUGAAUAAAGGCUGAAAGGGUUUCAUGGACUGCACUGUAUCCUUGCUGGACAGUAACUUUCUGCCUGGGAUUUUGGAACGGCUACUCCUGAAUUCUGAGCGCAGAGCACAAUUCUUUUGACAGUUGUAAAUGAUGUGCUGGCUGGACAUCUUAAAUAUGUUUUUAAAAAAUGUGCACAAAUAAACUGCACAAGUGCAAUGUGUGAUACUGUGGAGGCAAGGUGUUCCCAGGUACAUACAUACAAACAUAUAUGCAAACAAGUAUAGACGCAUUUACGCAUUCUGUUUGCUCCUUAUUCAUGGUUAACUCCACUGAUAGUUUUGACUUGCAAAGUAAGGAGAAAUACUGACCUGUGGAAUGACCAAUAAACAUCACACGUAGCCAGUAAUGCAAGCACUGCAGUGAUGGGGAUACUCUACACCUCUGGUCCUAGUUAGCACAGUGAUGGCAACAUCCUUUCUCUGCCACCAGCCUGCAGUGUUACAGAUAUCACGUGCCCCACUAUCAAUGCAUUUAACUUAGCUGUUCUGCCGAAGAUGAUAGUUGCUUGAAUUGUUCCUUUUUUCAGUCUUCUGCUUGCAAGAAACCCCAUUAAUGCUUCCAGUAUGAACUUCCUUCCACCACUCCAGUGUCAUCUGAUAUUUCCUGUUUUGCCAUCACUUUUUCUCUAACCGUACCAGAUAAUUUGCCUCCGACAAGAUCUGCAUUUCAACCACUGGUCAAUUCAUGAAAGAGGAAACAGACUUCCUUCAUCUGAGGUGAAGAAUACCUUGUAGCACUCUAGUAGACGUAGUUAAUCAGUGCUUGGGCAGUGUUCCUGGGGAUUGUAAAAUAGUUUAUAUCCCACCAUUCAACAAUCUGAGUGAACAGAUCGCUCAUUGGUUACAGGUGAUAGGUUUGAAUUGACUGAUUGUGAUAGAUUAUAUUUCCAUCAAAAUGUUGAUUACACAUGGUUCCGUUUAAGAUGUUGGUAAUGUAAUUCUUUCAGUGGUAUCUCUGUUGUCUGCCCUGGAUGCUCUUUUAUACACAUCUCACUUUCUACAGGUGUGCCCCCACUGGCUGCCUUCUGGAGAGACGGUCACAGUUAUCGCAGCUGAGGCAGUAACCAAGCCCAUGAUAUCUCAACAUAUCGAUGGUAGAUUUUAGAUUCUCUUUCCGUGUCCCCCCCCCACCAAAACACACACACACCCACCCGCCACCCUCGCCCACCAAUGCCUUUUGAGGUUACCCUUCAAGUUGUUCAAUGGAAGUAGACCCAAAAUGAGGUCUUACUGCCAGCUUAUCCAAGCAGAGUCAUUAUGAUCUACUGGUGUCACAGCAGUAUUGCGUACAAGCGGUUUGGAGAAGAGUAGAAUAUUACUUCUUCAAACUUGUCAUUCGAUAUUAGGCUUCGUGCAUUAAUGCACUUGAGCAAGUAAAUGGAUGAAAUGUUUGGAAUCUGUCCCUUCUGUAUGAUGAAAGAAAUCAUGUAUCAUUGGAGGGAGUGAGGUUUGGGUGGGCAACACUCAGCUUUCAACUUUUUUAUCGAGAUGUUGGACAGCUGGAGAGACUUUCGAAUCCCAUGGAAAAUUUAUUUUUUGAAGUUGCCUUUUUUCUGUGGUGCAGCAAGGUUUGGUGAUCUUGCUCAGUGGCCAUUGGAUGGCUAAUUUAAGAGAUGUCAUACCAAUGCAGUUGGAGAGGUGUCUGCAUACAUUGUACCUAAGAGCCUUGGGCUGCACACAAAAUUUAAAUGUACUUAAAUCCCAUUCACUUUCACAGAAUCUAAAUGCCCAGUAACUUUUAACAAGCCUCCAGGGCAAUAUUCAAAUGCAACAAGCCAGAGAGAAAAAAAAGGGCUCCUUGGACUGGUAUGUCUGGUCUUCAAGGGCCAGGUUGUGCGGCUAGAGACGAGUGCAGAAUUUUUGUAUAUCCAGCCCAUACUGUCCCAGCCUGAGUGUUUAUUGAGAAAUUGCAGAGGGUGCAAGCUGUCCCUCCCUGAUGGAAGGAUCUUUGCUCUGUAAUUAACCCAUGCUGCUUUGCUGUAUAAAGGGAGGUUACUCAGUAUUUAUUCUGUAUUGAAAACUGAGUGGUGCUGAUGCUGGCUCUUGAAUUCCUGGUGGGUUCCUUUUCCCCCAGUGUUUUAUCUCCCCAACAUAAACUCUCCAGGGGAAGCAAUUGCCCAAAAAUAGUCUCAAGACCAUAAUAAAUUAGAUCACAAAUGUAAUCUUUGAAUAGGAAGCUCGUAUCCUGAGUUGAGCAAGAUGGUAACCAGCCUUGCCAUACCCAAACAGCAGGAUUGGAGCAGGUUCAGAGAAGGGUGUUAAAUCUCAUUAAUGCACCAUCAUUGUCUAUGGGCUUGCAUGAGUGAGGGAAAUGGUACUAUUCGAGUAGCCCUAUGAGGUCACAGGUAGGUGGGAUUAAUUCUCCCUCCUUGCUGCAGCUCCUGGCUUUUAACCCAGUGAUUGUAGAACAAGGUUCUACCACAAAGUGGUGCUGGAAUACAAAUAAUAUUGGUUGCUUGCAGCAGUAGCAAGGCAAGUGAUGUCAUUGUUUCAAAAGAAACAAUCUCGUUAUUUUCCCAUUUUUUAAAAAUCUAGUUGAGCGGUACAGGGUCACUGCUCGGCCCUGACGUGGACUGUUAAUGGCAAUGCACACAUCACGGUGGAUUUUCCCUGUGGGAGGAAAAGAAAUGAAGUAAAACGUUGAAAGCUCAUUAGCAGGAAAAACGAGCAAGAACCAGAUCUUGUUUCCUGCGUUUACCUAACCAGAGGUGCGUCAACUUUUUGUGUGUAUUUUCCUGUAAUUUACGAGCGUGUGUUACAAAGCACAAAAAAAGAAACUGUAAAAAGAUUAGGCUUUGUACAGAAUUCAGCUGAAAUAUUUUUAUUACCGAAAAUGAAACAAAUAAAGACUAAGGAAUUAUAAAGUC